CCGUCUAAAUUGUUGCCAGCAGAUAAGAAGAAGAAAGAGGAGGAGGACAGAAAAAGAGCCGAAGAAGGUAGGUUGCAUUGUUCCCCAUUUAGACCUUGUCAAGAUGAAGCAAGACUGCAAGCUGAGGAAGAGGAGAAAGCACGGCAGCUGAGAGAAAAGGAAGAAAAGAGGAAAAAGCAAGUUCAAGAAAAAGAAGAAUUAAGACGGAGAAAAACAGAGCUAAAUGAAACUCGAGAACUUUUACAUGAACAUCGAAUUCGCUUGGAACAGCUGGAGGCUGAACGACGAGCUGAUUAUGCCAAAUUUCAGUGGAAACGGUAUUUCCGAUGCGAUGGUUCUCCAAAUCCAAGCAUAGAGAAAGAAGUCAAUACUUUUAUGAGUCUUUGGAGGUUGGAUGAGACACGUUUGACAAUGGAAGAGGUAAUGGAUGACAGUGUGCACAGUUUGAAACUAAUCGACGAACUACAAACUUUGGUAGCAGAUAUCGGUGAAAAUGAAGAAGAUGCCCAAACCCUACUCACUUACCGAAGAACCAUGCACGAAUUACGCCAGUUGGUACAUGAAAAGUUAGACCGUGCCACUGUGGAGACAUUGUCUCGAGCAGUGCAUUUUGCGGAUCAUGAGACAUCAAACCUGCAGAAGACUUGGCGGAACGACUGGAUUGCUGUCUGUAUCUGGGCUAACCUGUCCAAGAAUCCACGGUACUUUAUAUUCAUUCAUUACUCCCGAACUUUUAGUAUACGACAAUUUACAUUCGCCGAUGUGGACAUCACGUUUGACAUACCCAAAUUCCUGACCUUGUCCGAUUGUAGUUUUCUAAUUUCAUUCAUGAAGUUCGAUAACUAUUCCGUUGAAUGUGCUUCCUACGUAUCACGAAAGGCGAGGAAAAAAAUAAUUCAAGCUCCGAAGGAUAAGGCCAAGAAGGAAGCCAAAACGCACACAAUGCACGCAGAGUCGGAGUUGACGGAAAAGGCAACCACAGAAGAAUUGGCUGUGGAUCUUUUUGCUGAUCAAAAUAAAACAUCUCACUCGGGUGACGCUGAAGAAACCACGGUCGAAAUCGAAGAGAUUAUCGAACCCCCGCCUGAAGAUCUCAUCUCGACUCCAGAGCCAGACGAAUGGGAGCGUGCUGACCUGUGCCCAGAUGCGGUCGAUUUGGGAGAGUAUCACGUCAUUGGUGGAGUAAUACGCUUUGAUCUGCUAACCUUGCCAAGACAACCGAAAUCUGGUCGGGGAUGGAGUAUCACCACAUGUGUCCGACCACCUAACUUGACUCCAUUUGAAUACAUCGUAGACGCUGGAUCCAAAGGUUCACCCGUACCAGGAUCCGAAGGUGGAGGGGAGAAGAAAGAAGAACGCAAGGAAGAGAAACCACCGGUUCAAGUCAAAUUUCGGUUACCACCCUGUUUGGUUAUCGCUGAGGAUCCAAUUCUGGCUCGCUGGGAUCCUGAAGUCAAUCAGUGGCGUAAAAGCGGUAUAGAACUGCAGGAGUUCAAAGAAGAUGAAAACCUCAUUGUGUUGCGUACAAGCGUGUUCGGUACAAUGGCAAUUUUCCAGGACUUCCAUAUUAAUAUGCCAUUUCAGUCUUGGGAACUGAGACCUUUGCCGUUCAGACAAAGUAAGACAACAAACCCGAGCCAUUCAGUCAGUGGAGCAACAAACGACUAUACUCUUGGUUUGGGAGAAGCUGCUCCAAUGGCGAGUAUGUUCUCGGCUCCGGUUUACCGAUCUCAUACGGGACCGAGGUCAACGCAAGCUACGAAUGAACAAAUCAGAGAACCACCGCCUAGUAUUAGCGUGGUUGACGUCACAGCGACGGAACCAUCAAAAGAUCGGCAACAAACUGGAACACCUGGAAAAAUGAUGAUGAUUUUAGGGCCGGUACCAACCCUAGGAUUAUCCGAUGAGGCCUAUCUCAGUGAAGUGCCUGACACCAAUCAGUGUGUGCUGACCAUCACCGGUGGUUUGACGGAACUUAGGCUGCAUAUUUUGGGCGAACGGAUUGCCGUGUUGCCCAGUCUACCGGAACCCGUUAACUUCUCCGAGCCUGGAGAUAGCAAUGCCGCUGAAUCAGACGCCGUGCAGGAGAUUCCCAAUCACCACAGACACGAGCUCACGCACCUACUGGGACGUUGGUUCACUCCAGAUGAACUUAUUACGGUGCUGCAACUGUCUGGGGUGAACAUGUUCCCACGAGAUGAUUCCGUCUGUCGUGUGGACUGUUUGGAUAAGAAUCCUAUCGUGGAACAGCGAUUUUACGAACAAAUGGCAUUGCUCAGUCCUGCUUUCGCGUUUGGCUGGUCACGAUGGAAUGCGGAAUGUGGGGACCGAAAUACCAUCAUUGUAACCGCAGUCGAACACGUUGACCAGGAACACGCGGUGGAUGAAGAUAGCUGGCGAGUGUACGCUAUGGACAGAAAGAAGGUUAGUCGCCUAAAAAUGAGAGAGUAUGACGAGACAUACAGUCGAGAAGUUGAUCCCAAUCAACCGUUCCACGCCGACUUUUACCAUAUGUGCAUGGACAUGGGCUCACAGGAAGCGAAAAGAAGAGUGAGAAAAAUUGAUCUAAAGUAUUUCAAGACUGUGAAGCAAAUGCUACAAGUCACACGCCUUGCCGUGUUUUCCUGAAACCAGCGAGGUCUGUUUGAAGAGCAAUAAAAGCAUUUCAAAUAUAUUGUAUUUCAGGUGAUUAUUAUGCACUAACUGUGAAAUGGGCACUCAGACCAACUAACACAUUAAACACGGUUUAGUUCUUUGAACUUUUCUAUCACCUCUUCUGCGGUAUUCUGGACUAGUGAAACCCCAGCCUCUUUGCCGUACUCUACAUAAAGAAAAGAAAAAUACUGGUUACUAUGGAGUAAACGAACCGUAUCGGGCAUAACAUUUUGGAGAGAUGUGUUCCGCUUCUCGAACCAGUAUUUUCAGUCCGGGAUUGGCAUUCUUCACGCCUUCAUAAUACUUGCUCAAAAACUCUCUGGAAUACAAAAUGAGGACAGUGGUGUGUUUCUGCGCGUGGAACACAUGAGCAGACGAAAGCUAAAAGGGAACAGUAUCAAGGGGAAUUUUACUUACAACACUCGCCAAAACCUUUCCUGAUCAAAGGUGCAAAGUCGACUAGUGACAAACUAACAUAAUGUUUAGCAUUAUGAAGUUGUAA